AUGAAGCUAUUCUUGGCAGUAUUGGCCGUGCAAUCGGUGGCAGCGAUUGGCGAGAAUGCGAUGGAUCUCCAAACGAUCACUGGCAUCAUUGGCGGAAUUGGGAACAUGUUAGGAAGCACGGUGGAAACAGUGAAUGUCCCCGCAAAGCUCCUCAUGGGAAAAUGGCAUCAAAUGUACAAAGCGGCAAUCAACUUUGACGUUUUCCGGACACAAAUGUUCUGUCAAGUAGCUUAUUUUAAAGAAAACUCGGUGAUGGGAGCUGAUGGUUUUUCGAUUGAAGAAGCUUAUCGAGUUGUGUCAAAGAAUGGACCAAUUGAAACCUACAAGAGAGAUAUGAAUAAAGUUGGAUCUGGUCAGUACUGGAUGUAUACCGAGGAGUACUUCUACCCGAGACAAUUCUACAUAAUCCAUACGGGACCUGGCUACGACAAUGAAACGUUGACCACAAUGGCUCCAGAAGGACUUCAAUAUUUGGUGAUCUCUGACGCAAAUCGACUUUCAUUAAUGGUUUUCGCUCGUGAUCCAGUCGCUUUCUAUCAAAAAUACAAUGAAGAGGUGAAUACAUAUUUGAAAAAGAAAGGCUUUGGCGGGAAUGUUUUCUGGAAUUCCCCGAAGCCAAUCUAUCAGGGACAAGAUUGCGAAUGGCCUACGGAGAAGGAGGUUUUCGCUAGGAGAGUUCUAAAGAAUCAAGAACAAAACGAGAAAUCGAAAUCGUCUACUGAAAAAUCGAUCAUCUCUGAUUCUCCAUUCGCCGAUUUUAUCAAGAACCCAAAGAAAAUCCUUGAUCAAUUGGCCAAGCAA